CGUCGGUCUGUUUAAGUUUUUAUCCCGUUAGAAAUAAUUAGCCAACAUCGAUUCGACGUUUUUGAGAUAUUGAAGAUUCGAGAUUUUGAAAUACUAUUAUUAACUCUUCGUCUGUACACUGAUCCUAAAAGGGCACAAGCAAAAUUUUUCACUUGCGUAACCACAAGACUGGCGAUAGACAGAGCUUGGUUCCCCCUUAAUAAAUGAUCAAAAUAAUUAUUAAAAUUUAAAAUGUAGUCACUCAAGAGUAAUUAGGAAUUUUUUCCGAUUUUUUGAAUGUAUUUAACAUUUAAACAAAAGGAGAGAACAAAAAAGGGUCAGUGUACAGACCGCGUUAGUGAAAAUAAGUGUACAGACAGAGGGUUAAUGUGAGUAAAGUGUUACUAUUAUCCGCACAUCUACGCCUCCUCCUUGUGUAUAUUAAUUACAAACAUAAAUUCAAGGCGAUUCACGCUAUAAAUCUAAAUGGCAAAGCUUUUAGGAAAGCUUAAUGGGGAUUUGGUCUUGGACCUGUCAUGAUUGAAUGGAGAGUGACCGGAAAAGGCUAACCGUUCCCCAAGGACCGAUUCUGGUUCAACUGGAGCUUAUCUAAAGCUUUAACGAUGGCGGCGAUCUAUUACAGAUAAACGCGGUCCGGCAGGAAAGUAAAUAUCGAUAUCGUCGAAUGGAUAGUUUCACCCUAGACUUUCUUCACCUCUGUCGCUCGCAUGACCCCGAACCGAAGGGAAAAGCAAUGUAUGUGUCGAGACGUCCGUACAUUUUGUCGAUAUAAGAUCGAGGCGAUUGAGUCAGAAAGCAAUACUCUAAGAAAUGAAGAAAACAACCUGCUAAGAUUAAACCAAAUUUCAUUUCGUACGAAAAGAGGUUUCUACAAGAAUGAACUGUGAUAUUUAACAAAAACAUUUUAUAUAAUAAUCAUAUUAGCAGUAUAAUAUUAUUUUAUUAAAAUUGGUCUCGGUUUCGUAGAAUUAAAGUAAAGAAGCAUAAAAAAACAAGAUAAAAUUGUUGCCGCCGCCAAUGAUCCGUAAUAUGAAGAUUGUCUACAAUGAUCAUUUAUUAAUUAAGCAACGAAACCUUUUCCCCUGUUACUUGUUUCUUCUCCCCUUAGCAACACUGUUAUUCAAUUUUGAAAAUACUCCAUUCUCUGACUUGAUUCUCUGUAGCUCAAUAUAAUAGUAAUUGAAUUAUAAUUUCAUUUAUUGAGAUAUUGAUAUUCAAGCGCAAGCUAAUCAGUAGUAUUUCGGAGAUCGGGAAAUACAACAAAAAUAAAACAUAAUUUUCCUUUGUCUAUGCUCUAUUCCUCCCUCUUUUUCGGUAUACGGAAUACAGACUUUCGAGCACCGUCUCUUUGGACGUGGAAGAAGAAAAGCGAAAAGUGAGAGGUACCGAACUGUGGCAGCGUAAGCCUCCGAGAUAUAUCGUCCGUUUGAAUAACGUUGCAGCCCUUCUCUCUUUCCCUGCCCCCUCCCCUCUCUCUCUCUCUUUCCUUCUUGUUCUCUCUGCAUGUGUGUGUGUGGGUGUGUGUGUGUGUGUGUGUGUGUGUGUGUGUGUGUGUGUGUGUCGGCCCAUCUCGCCCCGGCAGCAGCCGUUUAUUAAACGAAUCAGUGUUAUCGCGGUGAGAGAGUCCUCAUGAAUAAACCAUCGAGUGUUUAGGGCAGCGGAAAGGUGGUGCCACGAGGGGUUACGAGCUUGCCGCGCGCGACCGCUUUUACCCCUCUUUCUGCUCUCCUCCAGGGGCAGGAUCUAACAGGCUCGGGGAUGGUAAGCUCGCCGCGGGGCGCGACUAUAUUGUUUUCGUGAUGAGCGGCAAGCGUUCUCUGGAUCUUGAAUGUAUACGGGAUAAUUUUACGCGUCACACCUCCGUCACACAUCGCUUAAAACCUUCUCGCCGCAUUUACGCUCGUUUCGCACUUACGGCAUGCACUUUGUAUUUAUACGUAUAUGCGUACGUGUAUAAUAUGUGCAUCCUCGAAUGAAUCCACGUCAGCCUUUGAGUACUUUGUGUCAUCUUUAACAUAGACGCUUGAAUAAUAAAAUAAGAUUUUAUACAUUCUCUCUUUUUUUCUUUCUUUUGCGUAUCACAAUUAGAUACAUGCAUCUAUUAUAUUAGAUAGUAUGUAAACUUUUUAUACGUCAUUACAAAUGUUAUAGAGACUGAAAAAUCUAAAUAUUCCAAUUUUAACUCAAUUAAUAUGGAAAAAUAUUUGAUACGAGAAUUUCUAUUAAAGUGUCUUAUAAUAUAAUAUAUACAACUGUAACAUAAGCACAGCUUACAACAAGUAAUCACUUCAAUCGAUAGUUCUAUGAUAGAUUAUUUUCAUAAAAGUGUACAAAAGAAUUUAAAAAUAUUUUCUGUGAUAUUCCAUAUUGAACGAAAAGAGGGACGAGCAAUUGUAUGCUUUUAGUUUACAUCUAUACAUAAGACAAGUGAAAUAAUAUUAAAUAGUAUGAAUAAUGAUGAGUAUAAAAUUUUUACAGAAAUGCGUUCUAAAAAAAAACGAUCACUCCAAACCAAGAGAUUGAAAAAUCCACUUAUAAGGAAAAAAAUGUCAAAUAAAUUUAUAUGGCUUUAACGAUCUUGCUCAAAAUCUCGAGAUCUAUUGCGUAAAUUCUGAAAGAGACAAUAAGAGCAAAAGAGACACUCGGUAAGUACUCUAAGCGCAGUACGUCAGAAGAGGGGGUGGUGUAAAGGUAUUCCGUUCUUACCAAGAGUGGGGGCGCAAAGGGCUGAAAUAACCAGGGGCAAAGGUCGCUCAGUCGCUCUGUGUCCACUGACUGGCAGAGUUUUAUUCCAAAUGCGUCUACCUUCCAUUGAUGAUUGAUAUUGCUUAUUUUCGUGCGCGUGUGUACUAAUCCGAAGUGUGUAGAAUGGCAUCGAGAUCAGUGAAAUGAAUCUUAAUUGAUAUUCCCUGAUAUAUAUUCAUUACUUUGUAAUUCGUUCUCAAUGAUUAUUUGUACUAUGAUUAUUCAGCAUAAAUUCCUGUAAAACUAACAUUGAUUAUUAUUCUGCUAAUCAUACAUGGAAAUAGCAAUACAUGCUACUUCUCUUUCAAAUAAAAAAAAUGUAAGAUCGUAAUAAACCUUAAAAUUGCAAGACGACCGUAGAGUCUGUUGAAAAAGCAAGAAAACGAAUUCUCAAUGCGCGUAAUUCCGGAGACGAUGGGCUUAUCGUUUAUCAGUUUUCGAAAGCGCCGUUUAUAUGGCACAAGAUUAGGCCAAAAUAUUAAAUUCGGCGCGUAAUGUGGAGAAUUCAGACGCAUCCUCUACAUCUUCAGCAGGAUACCAGAUUACACCCUUCGGCCGCUGCGAUCCUCUACAACGAAAGGUUCAGCCUCCUACAACGCACUUGCUCGCUGAUUGGAUCAACGGCUGGAGCCGGCGGCUCGGGGGCGGUCGGAGGCGGACAGGUUCAGCUCUGGCAAUUCCUGCUGGAGCUGCUCUCGGAUUCGUCCAACUCGUCCUGCAUCGCGUGGGAGGGCUCGAACGGAGAAUUCAAGCUCACCGAUCCGGACGAAGUCGCGCGCCGUUGGGGCGAGCGCAAGAGCAAGCCUAACAUGAAUUACGACAAGCUGUCACGUGCAUUGAGAUAUUACUAUGACAAGAACAUAAUGACAAAAGUUCAUGGUAAACGUUAUGUUUACAAGUUCGAUUUCCAUGGUUUGAGAAUGGCUUGUCAGUCACAAGCUGGCAUUAUGUUGGAAGCGUCAACGUCGUCGCGCAUGACAACAAAUGCGAACUGCCAUCCUCAUCAUCAGGCUCCUCGUACUCAUCGUUUAUAUCCAGUUGGAGCUACCCAGCACUCUAUACCAUCCUCCUUGCAAUCGGAAACAUCCUCUUCUAAUAGUCAACAACAGCCGCCACCACCGCUGCCACCGCCGCAUUAUUGGCAAUAUCGAUAUUCACCAUCGACAUAACAUUACUUUCAACUUCUUUUAGGCAUGCGAGGCUGAUGUAAACUUCAGUGGACGUUCGCGCUCUUUCGAUUCCUUUUCCUUCUUGUCCAUUUUAUCAUCAUACAUUGCGGUUUUACAUCAUACAUAAUCAUUUCUUCAUAUCUUAAAACGUUAAAAAGAAACAUUAGCUUUAGUUUUCAUUGUUAAUCGACACAUCUUAAGAAAGAACUGUACAUGACGAUAAUAUUGAAAAUUUACAUACAUAGAACGCGAAAUAUUUUAAACAUUUAGUGUUGCAAUCACUGGGGAUUCCUUCACUUCACAAUCGCGCUCCAAGGCGGAAGCUUGUAAAUAUAUCAGUCUUGUAUUCAAAGCAAUACAAUCUACUAUAAUCUACUAUAACAAUUGAUCUAGCUCGUUAAUAGAAUCAGGACCGAUCUCACCAAUUCCAAUUUUAAAAAAUUAGCCGAUUAAAUUUAUAGAUUGUCAACAGCAAAACUUAAAA